AUGAUCCGUCAGCUUAAGAGAUUACAAAGCACGGCGUUUCCCAUAUUAAGGGUAGCUAGAUUAUAUGCGACCACUUCUUCUGGAAUAUCCCCCACAGCUGAGAAGAAAUCUAAAUAUGAUAGAUCUCUUUGGAAGCCCAUAACAUGGGUUAUAAUAUUUGGUUCAUUACUUACUUCAAUUACAAACCAAGAGAACAAAUAUAGGGAAUUGGAGAGAAGGUAUAAUUUGAAGAUUAAUGUGCUGAAAGAUCUUAUUGGUAGGGUUCAUUUAGGGGAUAGGGAUUUCCAAAUCGAAGAUGAGAUGAGGCUGGUAAAUAAAUUAUUUGAUCAUGCUGCUGGAAAGGAUGAGAAAUUUGAUGAUGUAGUUGAUACUUUGCGGGUAAAAGAUAAGAGUGGAGCCACUUUAUAUUCUUCAGACCAAGUACUCAUGGGCAUGAAUAGGAAAUCAUUGAUAAUGAGUAAACAGCUACCUGCAGAGGAAGAUUCCCUGGAAGCUGUCUUAAAAAGCAUAUUAAAUGAUAUUAAUACGGAUGAACCGGUUUCUGAACCAAGUCAAGAUAUGAUUGAAGGAAUCAUUACAGACAAAAAACAAUUGGAAAAAGAGAAGAUUAAAGAAGAGGAAAUACUAAACUAUGUUCCAGACUCCAGGCAUCAUCUAAUAGCUGAAAAGGCAGGAGAUAUUACCGAUGUAGCCAAAGAAACCAAGAUAUCUAAAUUUUUGUAA